AGGACUCGUAUUGGAAAGUGUACCAUCCUCUUCCAUGGUAACAGCUACUGGGAGCGAGCGAUUCGGACACACGAAAGGCACGACAGGGAACACGGAUACCGACUUCAUGUUCUUCGUCAGGAACUAAUGGACGAUGUCUGGUCGAAGCCUGCGUACAUUCUGAGUCUUCUGCUGCGAGAAUUGGGCAAACCAGAGAGCGAGAGACUGGACUGGCUGUUCUGGAUCGAUGCAGACACGGUCUUGCUGAACCCGUACAUCCCGCUGGAUGUCUUUCUUCCACCUCCAGGAAGUGAAUUUGAAGACAUUUACCUUGUCUACUCCAAUGACUGGAACGGGCUCAACAAUGGCGUCUUCCCGAUCCGCGUCAAUCAGUGGGCAGUCAACCUCUUUGCAGCGAUUGUCUCGUGGCGACACUAUCGCCCCAAAGAGCCGCUUGUCUUCCGUGAUCAGUCUGCCAUGGACGCUCUUAUGCACGAACCAGCAUUCGCUCCCCAUGUCGUCCAAGCACCCCAGCGCUGGUUCAACGCCUACCAAGGCGAGCACAACGAAACCCUCGCACCAUUCCAAAUCCGCCGCGGAGACCUCCUCGUCCACUUCGCAGGCGUUCCCGACCGCGAAGCACGCAUGAACUACUGGCUCGAACGAGCCGAACAACAUCUCGACGACUGGGAAGUCCCCGUAAAAUCCACCUCCUACCCGCAAGAAGCCAAAGACUUCUGGAACGAG